CCAUGAGAAUCUAAUGCCUGAUGAUUUGAAGUGGAGCUGAGGCAGUGAUACUAUCGCUGGGGAGCGGCUGCAAAUACAGAUGAAGCUUCACACUGCUCACCUCCUCCUGUGCAGCUGGUUCCUAACAGGCCAUGGACAGGUACCUGUCCACAGCCCUGGGUUUGGGGACCCCUGAUUGUCAAGAUGCUUGAAUCUAGAUACUUGACUGAUGUAUGCAAUGAUUAUUAUUAUCAGGUAAUUGCACAUAUCAAAACGUGGAGUAAAUUAAGUGGAUUGUGAAGUAGGUUGUGGUAUGAAAAUAUAACUAUUAAGUUAGAUUUGUAGACCUGGGAUUUAUAUGGCUUUAGAGGGAAAAAACAAAGAUAUAGAAUGAUUUCAUAUAUGCAUAUCUCCAUAUUUUUACUUAAAGUGGGAGAAACAUCAAACUCAUGUGUGAGUAUGUUUGUGUAAGCAAAGAAAAGCAGGACAUAUACCAAACAAUAUUAUUACCUUUAGGGGUGUGACAUUCGGAUGAAGGGAGAUUAUUUAUUGUCUCUAGUAAAUUGUUAUGGGAAAAUAAAGGAACUAAAAUGGAAAAACUUGAAAGGGUUAACUGAAAACGGACUUUGAAUAGUUUGAGAGGACUAAGUCUGGCUCUUAAUUUCAGAACUGAUUUCCAGCAGAGAACCGUUAAGUCAGCUCCUGCACUGGUUUUCUGAGUAUGUUUAUUGUGUAAAUGGGAUGUUUGCACUUGAUAAUCUCCUUAGAUAUAAGGCUGAUGUCCAAAUUGGUUAAAAUGUGGGCCUUGGUAUUUCUCUUUAUUUUGCUAAUAAGCUUUUCCCUUGUUCUGGGAGUUAAAAUCCUUUCCCCUUGGGCCAAUCACAUUUGGUACAGAAGGGCCUCUAUGAAAAGGCCAUUCUUUGAGGUCUUGAAGUGGAAAUGAUUGGUUCUGAAAAUUCUUCCCUCAGUGGCAUUUAUACCUUCAUAAUUAUUGAAGGCUUAUUGUGAAGGCUCUUUCAAUAUCUUCCCUCCAAAAUGCUAAGGAAUAAUUUAGGCAACAGUUCAAACUCUAAAAAUGAAGAUGGCUCUGUCUUUUCACAGACUGAACACAAUAUUGUUGCAACUUACUUGAUUAUCGCAGGUAUGAUAAGUAUUCUCAGCAACAUAAUAGUUCUGGGCAUUUUCUUUAAGUACAAGGAACUUCGGACACCCACAAAUGCAAUUAUCAUUAAUCUGGCUGUCACUGAUAUAGGGGUCAGUAGCAUUGGUUACCCCAUGUCUGCUGCUUCAGAUCUGUAUGGAAGUUGGAAAUUUGGAUACGCAGGAUGUCAGAUUUAUGCUGGAUUGAAUAUCUUUUUUGGAAUGGCAAGUAUUGGACUACUCACGGUCGUGGCCAUGGAUCGAUACCUGACCAUCUGCCGUCCUGAUGCAGGAAGAAGAAUGACCACCAACACUUACAUCAGCAUGAUUCUGGGGGCCUGGAUCAAUGGCCUCUUUUGGGCCUUGAUGCCUAUCAUAGGGUGGGCUAGUUAUGCCCCAGAUCCUACUGGGGCCACCUGUACCAUAAACUGGCGGAAAAAUGAUGUAUCUUUUGUUUCUUUCACGAUGACAGUCAUUGCGAUAAAUUUUAUUAUACCCUUGGCAGUGAUGUUUUACUGUUAUUACCAUGUCACUCGAUCUAUUAAAUGUCAUACUACUAGUAACUGCACUGAGUACCUCAACAGAGAUUGGUCAGAUCAGGUAGAUGUAACAAAGGAUAAUGCCAAAUUUUCCCCUUUUUAUUGUAGGUUUCGGAGGGCAAUGUUUGCCAUGUUCAAAUGUCAGGAUCACCAAUCAAUGCCCGUGACAAGUGUUUUACCCAUGGAUGUACCUCAAAACCCAUUGACUUCUGGAAGAAUCUGAAAUAAGAGGAAAGCACACGUUAUCAAAACAUUUUAUUUACUUUUUUUAAUGUUUUAAUUUCAUUUAAAAUAUGAGCCCAUUUAGAUCAAAUGCAGACAUAGAUUAUUAUCCUAUUAGACUUGAUUCCUCAAGUGUAGUGUAUAGUUCUUCUGUUUGUGCAUUGUCUACUAUCGGUAAUGUUUCUUUAUUUCCUUAUGUGUAAACUUCUUGCUCAUCUCCUUUGAUGAAAAAAAGAGAUUAAUGCUUUUUUUUCUUUCUCCCUAUCAUGGCAAAUGUUACACUGUAUCAGUGACCUGGUAUCUUGCCUGAGUCCUCUGUUAGACCAGAAGCAGCUGCUGUGUUAGAAUAAAUGUUAGAUUAAGUUUAUAAUAAUAAUAACGGUUAGUAGUUUUUAAUAAAUAAUUACUGAAAUGAAUUUUGGAUGUCCCU